UUAGUCUCGUGUGAUCUCUUCUGAUCUGGCAUGCUGAAUGUGAUUAUAGAAAUAAUGAUGCUGAGAAUUAUAGCUAUUAGCACAAUCUUAUUGUUGGGCGCAUCCGUGCUCAAAUGUGACGAGGAUCAUGUACCGAGUCUAGAUAAAUUGGGAAACUUGACAAUUAAAUAUGGAAACACAACGGAAAUACGCUUCAAUGUCAAAGACACCUACAACAAGUUACUUCAAGCGCAGUACGAUGUGAUGCGAAUGGAGCAGAUUCGUCAGGGCGGAUUGCUAGACGAUCUCGUAGCGAAGUUCAAUAAGUUGACUAGCUUGGAGCCAUCUCAGUUCCCUGGCAGCUGUGCGGAGGCCACAGCUCUGAGUCGUCGCACUGGAGUCUAUCAGAUUGUCAUACCCGAUUACAGUGUGCAUCCAUUUAUAGUCAGUUGUGACGAGGACUCUCAUGGCGGAGGAUGGACGAUUGUGAUGCGACGUCAUGAUGGAAGUGUCGACUUCUAUCUCUUCUGGAAACACUAUAAAAAUGGAUUUGGAAAUGUAAAUGGCGAGUUUUUUAUAGGUCUGGAGAAACUGCAUAUUAUGACCAAAGAACUGGACCAAGAAUUACUUAUAAUGAUGGAAGACUUCAAGGGGCAAAAGAGGUUUGCAAGGUAUAAUCGUUUUGUGAUUGACAGUGAACAAAAUGAAUAUGCAUUGAAAGUAUUGGGUGAAUACUCUGGAGAUGCAGGGGAUUCUUUAAUUGGACACGCUGGUCGCAAGUUUACUGCUCAGGAUCGUGACAAUGAUGAGAACCCAGCCAAUUGUGCCACGCAGUAUACAGGCGCCUGGUGGUAUUCCAGCUGUCAUUCCAGCAAUUUACUAGGCAAAUAUAAUGACAACACUUUUGGAAAGGGCAUCAAUUGGCUUACGUUUACUACUCACACUGCAUCGUUGAAAAAUGUACAAAUGAUGAUAAGACCGAGAAGGUCAUGAAUUUUAAUAGUUCUUUAGAUUCUAAAUAUUUCGUGAAAGUAUAUAUUUAAUUU